CAUCUGAAGUUUCUCUGUGGACAAGUUACUUCACUUCCCCUUAGCUCACUGUGCUUCCAGUUGCAUAAUACCUCCCGUUUGCUUCAGUUCCUGUUACAUGAUGGCUAAAAGACAGAGCUGGUGAGGAAAAUGUGGUGCUGUGUAUUAUAUAGUCAGUCUUCACGGUCAUUGUUCAGGCGACAGUAAAUCGUAUAUUGUACCUUGAUAUCUCUCAGCUCUAAAUGUAUUUCAAAAGGCGAUUUCUUUGAGCUCUGGUAGACGGAUAAAAGAGAUGCAUCUCCUUCUAGCCCCAUUCAUCAUACUGGUUGGGAUUUCCUCCAUUUGUAAAGGUGAGCAUGAGAGCAGAUGCAAUGUUGUCCCUACAGAUCCGUACAUUGAAGUGGGAUCCGAUAUCAAGAUCGUGUGCCACACUUGCGUUAAUGAAAAAAUCUACUGGACGCUGCAAAACAGAGAAAUUGACGAGACCCUGUCAAAUAUCAUUAACUCCUCGUACACAGUCCUGUCACUGAGGAACUUCACUGAGCACAGUGCCACUGUGGUGUGCCAUGAAAAAGCAACAGGGGAUAUCAUUGGUGGUACCACCAUCAAGACAUACUCAAAACCUAGCAAAAUCUCCUGCAUCCUUGACUAUGAUAAUCAAAAUGCGUCUGGUGUACCAGAACUGCUUACAUGCAACUGGGAGCAUCAGAUUAAUCCUUCAAAAGAAAUAUACUACACUGUACUGAGCUCCUCUUGGCUGCACCCUUCCCAGAGUGAAAUCUGCAACUCUCAAAUAACAACGUGCACAUCAAAAUAUAAAAAUAUAUCUGAUAAAAUAUCCAUGUUCGGGAGUUUUAAUGUCACUGUGAGAGCUAAUUCUUCUGUUUUUGAAGCUUAUUCUGAAACUCAAGAAUUUACCUUCAAUCAAAUAUGGAAAAUUGUCCGUCCAAAGUUAGAUGUAACUACUCGCCCUGGUGGUGUUUUGGUUAAAUGGACCCAGAUGUACAGUUCAGUAGAGUGUCACUGUCAAGUCAAAUACAAUAAGGUUGUCAAUGUAAGAACUCCAGAGUGGUUGAUUGAUACAACUUUAUACGGUGAAGAAAGGGGGAACAUAACCGUUAAAAACUUGGAAUCCUGCAGCACCUAUACAUUUUCAGUCCGCUGUGCUUUAGACAAGGCGCCCUGGAGCGACUGGAGCCUUGAGAAGAGAGUUUUGACCAAACUAAACAUGACUGAUGUCAAGCUGCGUCUUUGGAGGAACAUAGCCGAACCAGAGAAGCACGGUUUGAGAAAAGUUCAUGCCAUGUGGACGGGGAUUCCUUCAACAUGCCAGGACACAUUUACCUACAGGAUCAAGCUGAUUCCCUCCAAGCAAAACAUAACUGGAGUAAAUUACACCGAAACUUUAUGCGGCAAUUCAAGUUAUGAUGUUGAUGUGAACCAGAAUGCACACAGAAUCAUUCUCACAGUCUCCCAUAAUGACGCCGUGUUUUCAGAGGACUCUGUUUAUGUUCCAGCCGCCAGAGAGAGCCUCCCUCAAGUUACCGACGUCCAAACCACAACCCUUGAAGGAGUCAUUGAAAUCAGCUGGAAGGCUCCGGGUCAGCCUGUCAGUGGUUAUAUGAUCGACUACACCCACAAUGGAAAUCAGUUCUACUGGAAGGAGAGCACAAACACUAAUGUAACACUGACUGACCUGCUGGAUAAGACGCCAUACAACAUAACUGUAACUCCCCUCUUUGAUGGCAAGACAGGUCAUGGCACACAAGCUCUUCAGAUCUGCUCCAGAGUCGGAGAUACAGGGAAUGUCACCAUCAUCGAUGUUCAGGCUUAUGACAAAAGUGCUUUUGUGAGCUGGGAUGUGAAGUCACAGGAAGCUUGCAGCGGGGUUGUUGUCAGAUACACCGUCUUCUACAACACACAGAAAGGACCGCAGCUCAAUGUCUCUGUGGAUAGAACAAAGCAGUUCAUCUUAUUGAAAGAUCUGACUCCGGACACUCAAUACCACGUCUACAUCCAGGCCACAGCUCUUACUGGGACAACCCAAAGCAGUGAGUGGCUGUUUAUGACCAAGAGAUUUGACCCGAGGCUCACCACGGCUCUCCUGGUGUGUGGAAGCAUCGCUGUGCUUCUGGUGUUGUCGCUUGGAUUAUGCUGCGCAGUUCAGUGGAAGAAGUUCAAGGAGAAGCCGGUACCAAACCCUGGAUUCAGUUCUGUGGCGUUGUGGUCACCAGAAAAUCAUCAAGAGGGAACAUGCCCUGUUGAGCGAGUCAAUAAACCACACGAAAGCCCCUUUGAUAUAGUUUACCCAGAAGAACUUGAGGGAAUGACCACACCUUCACUACCUACAGGCUGUAAAAGUAACAUAGUCAGGGACCAGACGGAGGAAUACACAGUCCCAGAUGUAGUUCCGGCACCAGACUUACAGAACAAAGACCCACGUGAAUCUGAAGACAUGCUACAUCCAUCGUCUCCUGAAGAAUCCACAGCGCUGCUUCUCUCAGAGCGCAACCAGUCCAGCCCGUAUCGAAGUCAGAGCUCGAAGGAAGCUCCUGCCCAGCGGACCAGUAAACAAAGUAAGCGCGCUGCACUGGAACAGGAAGACAAGACGACGUCUGCGACUGUUUAUGUCACUUUGGAGAUGUUUGAGCAAGACAACGGACAAUCGACAGAAACGGUAACAUAAGACAUGGAUAAACCACGCAGAUUUAAACCGGCAAAAGACUUCCAUUAGCAAGUGUUGCAUCUUCAGGCUUUUGUAGUGUAGUGAAAUGUUUUUUUUUAAUUAAGUAUGUUUAUUCGCUAUCAUUUAGUGUUACAAACAUGUAAGAUAAGAUAAGAUAAUCCUUUAUUUAUCCCACAAUGGGGAAAUUUACAUUGUUACAGCAGCAAAGAGCAAAGAUUGCAAACAAAAAGUGAACACAGCACAAUUUAAAUAAAAAUGUAAUACUAUGUAUGAAAACAGUUAAAGCCAGGGUUGGUGAUUUUCGAAAACUAGAAUGAUUUUGAAAGCAGCAUUCCCUCAGUGCUCCGUCUGCACCCUCCCCCUCCCCUCUGUGCUCCCUCAAAAGCAACGCCCCCUCACUUACAUGCACUCUGAUUGUUGGUUAGUGCAUACAAGGGGGUAGAGAACGAGCAAGGAGACAGGGAGGCGUGAUUGGUUCAUUAAAUUGCUACCUCGUGGCAGACAUUGGUCUAAGUUUUUUACCUGCUUACAACUGCUAAGGAUGAUGGAUUUUCUUCGUUCCUUUUUCAGAGCACAGGAGUUAUUCAUUUCUGUCAGGACCGAAAGACGAUUUCAACCAAAAUCUUUAAAAGUGUAUCUGGAGAAAAUGAGCAACCCUGCCUUUAAAAACACAACAACAGCGUAAAAAGCUGCUCUAUGAUGCGAACUUGAGUCUUUGCAGAGAUGCAGAUAGAUAACCAUAUAUCACCCAAGCAACACUUGAAACUCAAUAAUACAAUAAAAAUAUUAAUUCAGAACUCAUAAUUAAAAUUGGCUGAAAAAGUUUAAGCAAUGAACGCCAAAAACAAAAAUGUACAUUUACAGGCGCCAUUGUAUCAAAUAUAUGCUAUGUGUGCAGGGAUAGCAGACUGAGGAUUUAUGUUUACUCUGCAAAUCAGUGAGUGUUGCAGUCGCUGUUAUAUGUAUUAUGGUAUGUUAUUUAUUAUGAUAAGAUUCUCAUCUUGUCCACCUCUUACUGUAUAAACCUGCUUGUGUGACACAAGGAAGCUGUUACUCAUUGCAGUUUACUUCUCAAAAUAUAGAAAAGACAUGUAUCACAUAGAUUUGUUCUCAACUAAUAGUGUAGCAUUUAUUGUUCUGAAUUUAAUUUAAUAAUGCCUGAGAUAGUUUUGUCUUUUUGUACACACCAAUAGAUUCAGAAACUUGCCCUUAAUAAGCUGUUUACACAUCUUCAAAGGAUUUAGCAUUUAAUUUUUUGUUUGUUGCAUUUGUUUGUUUUUUAACAUAUUUGUUGUUAAAUCUGACUUUAGUUUUUAUUCCAAAGUUUUUUGUACAGAAGAUUUAGUUUGAACAGCAUCAUCAUCCCCCACAGAUUUGAUUAAUUCAUGUCCAGUCUUUAAAGCUUCCUUUAAUCCCAAUUAAUAUGAAUGAUAAUACUUGAGCAACACCCAAACCCCUAAAUCGUAAGUACCUUCAUACGGCGGCAGUAGCUCAGUCUGUAGGGGCUUGGGUUGGGAACCAGACCCAAGGAACCGGUUCAAGUCCCAGUGCAGAC